CCUACAUGUAAGAUGUGAUAAGCUAUCAGCUGGAUACUGAAUUUUAUCACGAAAGUACACAGUAAGGUACACAGUAAAAAUGGUAGAUUGAGACCGAGCCAAAAUGAAUAUUAAGGUUGUUUUCAUUCUUGUUUAUUCCACUUCCUUGACUUUAUCUUCAACAUCUACCACUGAUAAAAUAACUACACCAACGAGCGGCUCAUCGUCUUCAACACCUGCACCGACAACUUCAGAUUAUUCCCUCACAUCAACUGAAGGAGUUGAACUACUACAGCCUGAACAUAGGGAGAUAUCAAGGGUAGACAUAUCCUUUCGGGAAGGACCGGACAUUUCCUCUCCUUCAGUCUUUGAUGUGUAUCUGGGAGACCGCUUCUAUAUGUUCAUUUCAUACACAGGUGAACACCAUGUCAUCAGACCAGUAGAAUGCAAGGCCUUCUGUGGCACAGUAGUAAAGGAAGGAUCAGAAAACGUGACUCUUUGGAAUAAACGUCUCUGUAACUCGAAAAAGAACAGCGUCUUAAUGGAUAAUUUCAAUCAGACAUCGCCUCAACUUUUACGAGCUUCAUUGUAUGGAUUCCAUUUUAUUUCAAGUCCAUAUGUUACCAUAGAAUGUACAGUUCGUAUCUGUAGACAUAAUACAACCUGUGCCAAUGAAAAGAUUUGUAAUCAAAGUAGAAAAAGACGUCGCAGGAAAGACCCAUCAGCUCUUGGCUCGUCCUUUUUCAAAGUUUUGAAUGAGAAUAGAAUCCACGGGGGAGCUGAAACAAUUCCCGUACUUCAUCGAUUCACACUGUGCUGCAUGUUUGUACUGGCCCUUUUUAUCAAGACUCCAUAUAUAUAAAAUAUACAUGUAUUUCAUUAAGUAAUCACUGCUUUAACUUCCUUAUAAUAAUCACGAAAUACUUUGUGGUGGUAGAAUAAAAAUCCAGGCUAUUAAUCUGAAAGACAAUAAAACAAAUAUCAAACAAUAAGCAUUUUUAGUUUUAGUACACUUGAUUUCAAGCAGGAAUCCACAAAAAUAAGAUGCAUGAACGUUCAAGUGUAAGGCUUUGCGUGUAUAUACACUAUGAUGUAAAUCCCAAUGCCAUUAAAAGCUGAAGAUCGCAAAAGAGACAUAAGAUGCACACAUCUCAAGUGACCAUUCCAUGUACAUUUAUCAAAGUUAACAUAUUGUUCUGUUCAUUAUGAUAAAUAUAAUA